AUGGGUACUACCAAAUCAGGAGUGUUCCAGUUUCUAAAAGGGAUGUCCUUAGCUGAGGAGAGCCUGAAAAUCGCCAGACUGCUCGGCAUACUGAACCAAACAGAAGAAGCUUUGGAACAAUACGACGUUGUGGAAGGAUUUGUGGCUCUCACGGAUGACGUCACACAAAAACGAUUUGCGACUCAAAUUCGAAUUGGAAGAGGCAUUGUAUACGGUUUAAUGGGUGAAACGGAGAAGUGCUUGGAAGAAUUGUCGGAUUUGAACACAACGAAUGAGGACGACGCCAUAGCGAUCGCCAACGCGAUUGCUGCUUGCCACGUAAAGGAAGGAAACAUACAGAACGCAAUUGAAUAUCUGAAUGCUCUUCUAAAAUCAUCGUCAGAUGGAAAACAACAGAAAUUGUUCGGGCAUACCUGCUUCCUCCUCGCUAGGGAGCAAAUACGAAACGGUCGUUGUGCCAGUGCAGUUCGUCUAGCGAAGCGGAUACUGCGUCUGGCUAAAACCACUUCAGACGGAGGGUUGGAGAGAGCUGGUCUGCAGCUGCUCGCCGCGAUUUACGAGGAGGAACAAGACGCUCGGUCAGCCAGUGUCUUACUCCGAAAAUACCUCGAAGUUCCCGGAGCGAGUGUCCAUGAAUCCGUGAACGCACUCCUUCAGUUGGCCGCACUUGCGCCGAAAACAGGCGAAGAUCCCGUGGCGUACCUCGGAGACGCUUUGGAACUCGCAAGGACUUCUUGCAAUCUGGACACGAUUGUUCUGGCUCAGUCGGCGAUGUUACGGCAUGUCAUCAACUCCGUCGAAAGUGACGACUUCCAAUUCUCGCAGUUGUUAUCGUCGCAGAAGGAGUUACUUAAGGCUGAGAUCGGCGCAGCAUCCAGAUCAAUAAUAUUCGAAGAUCUGGCGACGUGCGAAAAAGGAGAAAGCAGCGGAUCCCGUGAGUUGAGUGCGCUCGAGGAGAGUCUCACUGAGGCUCAAGAAGGCAACCAUAUCCUCCGUGAGCUGAUGUUGAUUGAGAAACUCGGCGACAGUUUAAUGCUAUCAGGGAGACUGGUUGAGGCAGAAGGAUUCUACCAACAGCUGCUCGCACUAGCACGACAACUUCGAGCCGUAGCUCAAAUCAAACGGGGCUACAUGAAACUGGCGAUUUUGGCCAGCGAGUCGUCACAAUGGACGUGGUGUUCAGAAUUGACCAGGAAUGCGUUAACACUGUCCCGGUUGUGUCAUGACUAUGCGUCCAAAGCCUAUAUGUUGCUGCUUUCCGGAAGAGCAGAAAUGUCCCGAGGGAACAGCAGUGUCGCUCUGAACAUUUUCGUCAAAGCAAUAAGCGUAUGCGAGCAGCAUGAGCUCCACGCGACGAUGGUGCUUGCGUCGCGGUUCGCAGUCGAUGCAGCCAUCAAAAGUGGAUUGGCUGAUUAUCAGGUGCUAGAGCAUAUCCAUCGGCACGUAUCAUUCUUCGAAUACGAAGUCGACCAAAAAGAGAAGCUCCGUUCCCUUAUACGUCUGGUAAGAUUCGAUCAAGACCUGGAUCACCUGACCGCUUUGAGUGCCGUCAAUGCUGCCAGAGAAGGCGCCUCUGGGCUUGCAGGGAACGAUAAGGCAACUAUACUGAUAGAAUGCGUCGAUGCUUGCCAAACUCUUGGUAUGCGCGACGAAGCAUGGCGAUUGCUGGAAGAUUUCAUGAAAGGCUGCUCUCUUUCCGAAGUACAACUCCAAGAGGUGGCAGAGAGGUUAACAUGCUUUCCGUUGCAUAGAAGAGUGCUACCACUGCUUCGAUUGGUUGAACAGGGAUUUUCUGAUCCACGAUUUCUUGCCCAGUUGGCUGCUUUCACGCCUACCUUCGUUUUGGCUAGACUUCCCGACAAGGAGCUACUUCCUCGACUAGUAUGUUACGUGAAAAUGGAGGAUUGGAAAAACUCUCUGGAAUGCGCAACGAUUGCAAUGAGGGACGAUUUUACCGCCAGGACGUCGAAGCGAUAUUUCGACGAGAUAUUCGCUCAACUGUCCACAGAAGAAACAAUUCAGCAGGUGCUUUUGGUUUCGAGGUGGUACGUGGAUGGCGCGAUUGACUGGAACACUCUGUCGCAGUUGGAUGAGGCGGCAUUCUGCUCUUUCUUCGAUCUCAACUUCGCCGAGCUGCUGCGGGAUCGCGUCACGUUGGUGCCGCGAUCUCGUGCUCAUCUUCACGCCCUUAUGUCCCUUGGGCAUUACGACGUCAUGCAUCAGUCAGCGCAUCCAGUGGAGAAAAUCAUUUGCGCUGCCAACACAGGUGAAACUGAAAUGAUAGAGAUGUGGUAUGAUGAAUUGAUCCAAGAUUAUCUAAGCGACAAUCCUGCCGAAAUAGACCUAUUUCCUUUCUCAUCGCUGGAGUUCCAGUUGAAGGUCGCCACUAUUUUCAUGGCCCUACAGCACGAAAAAUUCGAAGAACAGCUACUCCUCAUGGAAACAUCUAAAUGGUUGCUGGACAAACGACUCACAGAAAGACACGGUGGUUCAAUGCAUCCGUUUCAUUUACAGUUCCCAUCGACCCCAUUCAAGUACGACUUCACGGUGGGUAGAGUGGAGCUGACCUGGAGCUGGCCGGCCGACUCAGGACGACCAGAGGGAAUUAAACAGUCUCAAAUAUUCCUAGCUCUGUCUCUUCCUGGAGAGAUCUCAACAUCGUCAAUUUCGUGCUAUGUUACCUUUAAGACCACCUUUUCUUGUUGUUUACGCGAUGUUGCACCAUUAAUCGAAAGGCACCAAAGGACCGGGCUAAUGAUGCUCAGCAAUAAGUCAAAGAACUCAGAUCGAGACACUUUCUCGUUGUGCGAUCACCUGACAAGGUUGCGCAGCUCUUCCGUCGCUGUUGUGGACGUCAGCGACAACCUGCUCCAUCAAGAUAUUUGUUUUUCUAUUGGAAAAACUCCUUCAGUUAUGAUAACUAGAGGAACGCUUCCCCAUGAAGUGAUCCGUUCCCUUUUUGUCUGUGGUACGUCUGUUGUGGUUGAACUUAUUGACAGUGCUCAGUACGAGGAAAUUGAGCACCUCAUUGCAGAGAUCUGCGAAGCGGAUGACAUUGCAAAGGUUCUUUCCUCCUAUAGUUCCUUCAUGAGAUCCGCAGAUUGCCUCCGUGAUGUGUUCGAAGCUUCAACCGCCAUCUCGUCUGGUUUGGACUCAUUCAGCCUUCAUUGGAGAAAUGAUCGGUCUGAUGCUACGAACAAAGUGAAUCAUUUCAGUAAGUCGAGACGGGAGGAAUGCAAGGAUGUACCUGGUUUCGUACGAGAAACACAACAUAUCGACAACCUAUGGUUGAAUGCUGCUCGGCUAAGAAAAGUCGAACUCUCGAGAAAUGAUGCUGUUCUUUCCGAGACCAAUGAGCUACUCCAGAGGAUGCUCUGCAAAGACAGCACAUUCUCGAUGAAACAAAGGUUGAAUAGUCGUCGAGACAAACAUGAGACCAGCAAGAAGAAAAGGCGGAAAAAAGCAAGAGGCACAGUAAUGCGAGACUACCUAUCCGACAGUGGCGAGACAGGCGAACACAAAUUCAUGCAACCACGAGCAUUCGGUGAUCUCCCUCCCCGGCCCAUUUCAUCUGUGACCUGUUACAGUGGUGACUAG